GCCUCCAGGUGCGCGCUUUGCCAGGCUCCUCCCAGACCCUACGGCCGGGCUCAGCCGAUUCCUCCCUCUGCUGGGCCCCCAGGGCCAGUUGGCAGUGUCUCCCAGCUUCUCCCCCGCCCCCCUCUGCAGUCGCCGCACCUUGCUGGGCCCCCAGCCUGCAGGUGAGCAGCAGCGUCGCGCCCCUGCCCCGAGAGCUCUCUCUGCCCGGCCCGUGCCGGGGCAGCGGCGGCGCCACCCGACUCGCCUUGCAGGAUGAAGAACCCGAUGCUGGAGGUGGUGUCCCUGCUGCUGGAGAAGCUGUUCCUCAUCUCCAACUUCAGGCUCUUCGGCUCCGACUGCCCUGGCGAAGACAAAGAGCAGAGCGGUUUCUACGAGGUCAACUCUUUCCUCCGCGGCGACGUGCUGGAGGUGCCCCGGACCCAUCUGACCCACUACGGCAUCUACCUGGGCGACAACCGUGUCGCCCACCUAAUGCCCGACAUCCUGUUGGCCCUGACCGACGACAAGGGGCGCACGCAGAAAGUGGUCUCCAACAAGCGCCUCAUCCUGGGCGUCAUUGCCAGGGUGGCCAGCAUCCGCGUGGACACAGUGGAGGACUUCGCCUACGGAGCCCACAUCCUGGUCAAUCACCUGGACGAGUCCCUUAAUAAAAAGGCGCUGUUCAACGAGGAGGUGGCGCGGAGGGCUGAGAAGCUGCUGGGCAUCACCACCUACAGUCUGCUGUGGAACAACUGCGAGCACUUCGUGACCUACUGCAGAUAUGGCACCCCGAUCAGCCCGCAGGCCGACAAGUUUUGUGAGACCGUGAAGAUAAUCAUUCGUGAUCAGAGGAGCGUUCUUGCCUCAGCAGUCUUGGGACUGGCAUCUAUAGUGUGGAUGGGCCUGGCAUCCUAUACCACUCUCCCUGCAAUCUUUAUUCCAUUCUGCCUAUGGAUGGUUGGCUGACUUCCUUUCCCCACGUCAACUGUGUGUGUUCUGUGUGUAAAUAGGUUUAUAUUUAUAGUCCACAAAUCAGUAUAAGCAUUGUUGAGAAAAAUGUGACCUGUAACACUGUGUUCUGGAUAAAAUUGUGACUUAGAAUCACGCAAAGUGCUUACUGUGUAAGCCAAGAACAAAGGCUUUCCGGAUCUUCUGAGGCAGUUCCAUUUUCAAGGGCCGCCAAUCCUUGGAAACCUAACAGCUUGUGAUAGAACCCAGCAGCACGAGAAAUCCAGCCCUUAAGCUGAUGGCUGCACGGCGUAUUUGCAUUCCUUUUUUUCCUCCAGUAAUCUUGUUUUAUUCAGGCCUGAAUCUGCAGAUUGGAAGACUUACAAACUGGGAUCAUUAACUUCACUGUAAAUUUGUUUCAUUGAUAAAAGUACAUGAAACUGAAGGAAUUCCCCUCAUUCAGGUGAAAACACCUCAAUGACUGGCCAAAAGCAACAACUCAAACCCACAAUCUAUUUCUUCAUGUAUUAUAUAUAAUCCUGAGUAUGUUAAGAAUAUUUUAUUGUUUUUACUUGAAACCAGUAUUGGCAAAGCUAAAGUUUAAUGGAAAAAAAAAAAACUGAUUCAAACAUGUUAAAAUCUUUGUUUUCUUUAAGAAAUAGCUACUAAAACAUCAUCUGAGCAAUUUGAGUUGUAUCUUUUUACUUGGAAGUCUGGCAUUGAUUAAUUUUUCCCCUUUUAUGUACCCCUGUGGCUACUUUAAAUCAUGCUGAGGGGAACAUGGAUAUAGGACUAAAGUAAGUGGGGUGUUUGGUAUGUGCUAUGUGACAAAUAAAUAUGCAGAUAUCCAUAUACUUAAAGAUUAAGGUACAGAUUGUGUUUAUACUUGAUUGAUUUAUUAUCGUUUUGGCAUUGUUAUUAUAGAAUCCUUGAAUCUAUAGUGUAACUCUCAUAUGAGGGUACUUCAAAAAGUUCCUGGAAAAACAGAAUGAAAAGUUUAUAUGGUGCAAUAAAAUUUUGAAAUUCAUGUGUAGUUUUUUCUUAAUAUGUAUUUUCCAUGAACUUUUUGAAUAUUCUUUGUAUAUGUCACAGGUUGGGUUAUUCUUGUAAAUCAUUUACUAAUAUACCAUCUAACUUUUUAAAAAGCCCUUGUAAUGGUUUUCUGGUCAGUUUUCUCCAUUUCUAAGUAUUGUUAUGUUCUUAAAAAGAUGCCACAGCAGUAUAUAAAAUCCAGAUAAGUAGGACCAAAGGAAAUUAUGGUUUGAAUUAUUUUUAAGAGGCUUAACACUGCUAGGAAUGUAAAUUUGUUUUCCUGUGAGAUUGUUAUGUGUUGAGAUAUAGCAACAUUAAAACAAGCAUUCCAGUACUUUUGUAGAAUUACCAGAUUCUAAAAUUAAGCCACAACCUGGAUUUGCAUUUUAGGUAUUUUUAAAGUGCUUUAUUAACUAUCAAGAAUCACAAAAUAAUGAAACAUACUGUAAGUAAUAUGGGAGGGGCGGAGCCAGUGAUCCAAUCAGAGCAAAGUAAAGAGCAGACUUCAGUUUAUCUGAAGGGCAUUAUCAUCCCUAACUUUCCUACAACAAAUGCAGUUAGAACAUCAUGAUCAUUAAACUUGAUGUGCAUUAUUCAACCUACACGUUUAGUUAUUUAAAUGUCUUAAAUGAUUAAAACAUUGUGUCAAUACCAUAAAAUAUAGGUGUUCUAGGGUCUAUUCUAACCACUUCAAUACAUAUACAUAUAUAUAUAUGAGAACCAUUAUACUAAUGGUUUUUCACUUACUACUCUCAUAGUAACUACUUAACUGAAUCCAGUCUUGAAAAUAUAGUGUUGUCAUAAAUAAUUAAUACCUUUUCACAAACUUUAGUAUUGCAGGCUGCAAAGUCCACUGUUUGAAACUAAAUCUGUGGGACGAGCUUUGGCGCAGCAAUUAAGAUGCCACUUGGGAUGUGAACCUCACAUGCUGGAGUGCCAGGUUCCAGUCCUGGCUACUCUGCUUCAGACCCAGCUUCCUGCAGAUGUGCACCCUGGUAUGCAGCAGGUGAUGUCUCAGGUACAUCGUGGCUCCCUGCCACCCAAGUAGGAGAUGUGGAUGAAGUCUCCGGGCUUUGGGCUGUCCCAAUCAUGGUAUAGGCAUUUGGGGAGUGAAGCAGCAGAUGAAGCUCUCCCUUUCAAAUGAAAUGACAAUAAAUAAAAAUUUAAAAAUAAUUAAAUCUGUGUUCAAAAAUAAUUACUCCUCAUUAUAUGUCAAGGAAGUUCUUAAGUCUGGAAUUAGCAUCAUUAGUUUUUUCUCACUUCAUAUCAUUAAAGCAAGGCUCAAUUCUUCAUUCAUUCCAGUGCUCUUUAUAUGCCAGGCACUGACCUGUUGUAAUGUCAUGGCUAGAAUUAAUAUUAUCUUUUAACUAGUUAUAAUGGUAUGUAGAUAUUCUAUGAGAAUAUAGGAAAAGAAGCAGUUAAGUCUGCCUGAAGGAUCGGAGAAAUCUAUCUGAAGAAGGCAAUGCUGGUAUUAAACUGAGAAAUUAGGUGAUCUUACCACAAUAGUGGUUCCUACUACUACUGGGAAGAAGGAGGUGGAAGGAAGGUUUUAUUUACUAAAAGUUCCACAAUGCUAGAAUUUUUGAACUUCUUGGGGAAAAAACAGGAGUUUUUGUUUUAUUGUGCUCAUUUGGUUAAUUGCUUAACAAUGUAGGAAGAAAGGCAUAUUUUCCUGAUUGUUGCCUAUGGAAGAAACCCUGAGACAUUAAUAGGUCUCCUACCUUGAGGGACUUCAUCUGUUAAGAGUCAUCUUUAUGAUCUUGCAACUCCCUUAAAUCUCCUAACUUGUGAAAUGAUAAUCAGUUAGUGUUUGAUAAAGUUUUUCACGGCUCAUUAUGUUCUUUGUCAUAGAUGAAGGCUGAAUAGGAUGAGCUGUCCCUAAGAGGAGUUAAUGCAAGUGUCAGGUACAAGGCAAGUGUCAAGGAUGAAAAGAUGAAUGAUAUAUGGGCCUCUUCCUUGAGGUUUAUGGUCUAACCCAGUAGAUACAGAUGUAUUAAGACUUUCAAUGAUUGGCAUCUGAAUAGAGCUGAUUGAAGGUACAAAGAAGUGGUUGGUUUUAAUUGAUAAAGCAAAAAUAAUAGAGACUGGGCACAGAGAUUUUAAAUAUAUGUAUUUUCUAAGGGACAGAUUUUUGGGUGGGACAUUCCACUCACUGGUAACAGCAUGGCCAGAUGCAUGAAAAUUGCCUCCAACAUGCCUUGCAUGUAGCUGUGAGGUAAUCCACACUAUGUUGACUGAAAGCGUAACAAAGCAUAGGACAUGCAGGCGAAUGCAAGUGAUUCCAGGGCUAGAGACAAGAGGGGUGGUAAGCAGAGAUGUCAAAAAGGAAUUUAGUAGUCAGAUGGUACAAGUCUUGGGUACGGCAAGAAGUUCAGACUUUAUGAACAUGCAGUGAAGUUCCAGGAUAUAGAAUGAUAUCUCCAAAAAGUAUGGGAUAGGGAUGGGAACAGUAGGCAA